CGCGGUGAGUGAAUGGAGGGAGGUGCUGUAACGCGGUGCCAUAUGGACUACUGAAUCACUGCAGGGAAAUAUUGCUUUUCAUUAUUAAAACAUGGACGUUUAGUGUGGAAAAUGUAAAAGUUAGGACGUUUGGCAGCGUGAAUGUAAAUUCGUGUGAGCUUUUCUGGAACUUUUCAGCCCUGAAAAAGGAUGACAACAACACAAUAGUGUUGGCAACCUGCAAGUGUUUCAGUUCCCAGACACUGGAUCUCACAGCACCCUACAACAAAGAUGAGGAUACAAGGACAGCCUGAGGGCGCAAGGAGGCGUCUGGAUUUAAAUGCAGUCGGUGAGCUGAGGGGUGUGGAGGUCAUCCGUGGUCGGGCAGGGUAUGGCUUUACUAUUACGGGACAGAAGCCAUGUUUGUUGAGUGGCAUCCUGGAGGGAAGCCCUGCUGACCUGGUUGGACUCAGACAGGGGGAUCACAUCAUGGCAAUCAAUGGAACUGACGUGUCCACUGCUUUGCAUGAGACUGUGGUGCAGUUGAUUGGCAGCUGCAAGGGACCCUUGCAAUUGGUGGUGGUGCAUGCUGCAAGCCGAAUCAUGGGGAACCCCAUUCUUAAUGAUGCGAAAUUUGGGAUUGGCCAGAAAAAUGGUAUUUUUCAAAAGGCAGGUGUUCUCCGGACUAUCUCAUAUGAUCCAAGCAAUUCCUCCUUUAACUCAAGUCAUGCUAUGAGCACCAAACAGAGGCCGGUGUCAGAGCCUGAUAUGUCCCAGUGGUCACAACAGUGGAACUGUUUAGCCGAGCAGCCAAAGGAGGAAACCUCCAGAGUGGGGGACACAGACUCCGUGUUUACAGACACAGAAGAAGCUAAUUCAGACUGGGGUAUGUUGAACAUGACUUUGGUGGUGGGCUACCUGAGCUCCACAGAGCUGAUUUUAAACCCUACAGAAUCAGAGGAGGACUGUUUGAGAGCCAUUAGGGAGCGAAUACGACAGUUAGGAACAGAGCAGAAUACCCAUACUCUGGUGAUGAUGAAGAUCAUGUUUGACUGCAUCCGACUUUGUGACGACGCAGGAGCUGUUUUGGCAGCCUUUCCUGCCGAGAACCUGGUUUUAGGCGCCGUGUGUGCUGAAGACCCACGUUUUUUAUGCCUGGUCACUACAGCACAUAUAAUCAAUGGCCGUGUACCUGAGGAUGGUCCUCUGCGGGCUUCCUGCCAUGUUUUCUUCAUUGACCCUGAACUUGGAAACCAUGAGGACCAUGUAGGCAUUGCUGGACGCUUUGGCUUCGGCUGCACUCCAGAUCCAGAUGCAUUGUGCUGCCUUGAAUUCCCUCAGACUCCCUCAGAUGUUCUUCACUUUGUCACAGUCCUGUACAGUGACAUGGGAGAGGCUGUGGAGAGGCUUCGAGUCAAACUGGACAUUGAGGCUCAGCAGCAAGCAAAGGAGAACGGCAGCACAGGCAAACAAGGCAGCGCCAGCAGCAAUGGGGACAGUGGAAUUGGAAAUGCGUCACCCCCUGAGGAGAGAGCGGACAGGGAUUUCCCUUCUGCAAUCCGAAACCACCCUGGAGCCCACCUCCCCAGCUGUCCAUGGGAUUAUCCCCUGGCUGAAGACCUCACCCCAAUUAAGCUUUCCAAGAAUGGCCAAAACCUGAAUCCAGAGAACAGUGCCAGCACACAUUCCCUUUCAGAGUCACUACCUGGCCCUGACUCUCUUCAUAGCUUUUAUGGAGGUCCCCCACCCAGGCUGGAGUUCCAGUUUAAGCCCCCACCACCUCCUCUGCCUUUGGGUAAAAAAGCAAACUUCCUUGGAGACCCUCUCAGAAACAGCCAAAGGUGGUUCUCGAAGCCAAAGUGGGCUAAAGUCCUAAGCAGUGAUCCUGAGCUUCAGGUGACCAACAACUGGUCCUCCAGCGUUAGCCUGAGCAGCGGCACCACUAACCUGCCUCCGCCUAUGAGCCAGAUCCCAUCAGAUAGGUACUGCUCAGCACAGGUCACGAUGCUUCCUCCCAGAGAGGAAUGGACCAAAAGGUUUCUUGAACAGAGAGAUAAACAACGCAAAGAUUGCAAAAAUGGCUCCAGGUUUUGGGGUAUGGGUGUUGCCCGUGCCUCUAAACGCCGUUCUGCCAAACGUAUUAGCCUGGCACGAUCGCUGGAUGACCUUGAGUCUGCUGCUUCCUCAGAUGGUGUUCUAAAGUGGCCAUCUGCUGCCAUGAUAGCAGACUAUAGCGGAGUCCAGUUGCAGGGCUGCUGCAGCCAGAGCAGCCUGAACAGUAAUGGCAGUCUUCCAGGAGCAGGCAGUCUUCGAGGGGUUCCUGAGCAGCGCGUGGCCAGCUGGGCCGCCUGCUUCGAGCGCCUCCUCCAAGACUCAGUGGGUGUGCGCUACUUCUCGGAAUUUCUCAAGAAAGAAUUCAGUGAGGAGAAUAUCUUGUUCUGGCAGGCCUGCGAAUAUUUCAGUCAUGUCCCUGCAACUGAUAAAAAGCAGUUGUCCCAGAGAGCUGGAGAGAUCUACAACAACUUCCUGUCCAGCAAGGCCACCAUGCCGGUCAACAUCGACAGCCAGGCCCAGCUGGCCGACGACGUCCUCACCUCCCCACGGCCCGACAUGUUCAAGACCCAGCAGCUACAGAUCUUCAACCUGAUGAAGUUUGACAGUUAUUCAAGAUUCCUCAAAUCCUCCCUUUACCAAGAGUGCAUGCGUGCUGAGGUGGAUGGCCGACCCCUGCCGGACCCGUAUCAGAUCCCCUGCAGUCCUGCUCCGUCCAAACACAGCGCCAGCUCUGACCGCUCCACUCUGUCCACGCCCAAAAAGGAUGGCAGAAAGCAGAGGUCGGGGAGGUCACUGAACGAAGACAGCAGCGAGAGCGCCGACAAGAAACGUGGCAUCUUCUUCUCGUGGUCCCGCAACAGGAGCUUCGGGAAAGGGCCGAAGAAGAAGGAAAUAGGAGAUAUUAACCUCGACUACUGGGGCAGUAAUGGGCGGAGGGAGUCCCAGGGCUCCUUGUCGUCCGGUACCAGUCUGGAGAUGGCGACUUCCUGCUCUGCUGGCAAGAUUGAGUCUGAUAAUCGCCACUCAGUAUGGGAGCGCUCCUCCAAACAAUGCAGCGUGGUGCUUCCUGACGGCUCCUGCUCCUCUCUCAGUCUCCGGCCCGGCGCCUCCAUAAGGGAAGUCCUCCAAGAUCUCUGUCAGAGCAUUAGUGUCAACAUCGCUGCUGUCGACCUCUUCCUGGUGGGAGGGGAGAAGCCUCUGGUGUUGGACCAGGACUGCAUGACACUCAGCUCACGAGACCUGAGGGUGGAGAAGCGGACCUUGUUUAGACUGGACCUGGUCCCCAUUAACCGCUCCGUGGGGCUAAAAGCCAAACCUACCAAACCAGUCACUGAGGUCCUGCGUCCCGUGGUGGCCAAGUACGGCCUCCACCUCAGCGAUCUUGUGGCCAAAAUAAGCGGAGAAACUGAGCCUUUGGACCUGGGCGCCCCCAUCUCCAGUUUGGAUGGUUUGCGAGUUGUUUUGGAACGAAGUGACCCAGCUGCUGCGAAAGACAAAUCCAAGUCUUCCUCCCUCAAAAACCACCCUCCAACCAGGAGUUUUUCUGCUGCAGGAGAUGAGAGGUCAACACCAAAGGACUUUUCUGUGAGAGCAAGUGGACCAGACUCAGCACUCCCAGGGGAAAAGAGAAAACAGAAAAAGAUUAAUAUAGAUGAAGCUGAAGAAUUCUUUGAGCUGCUGAGCCGGGCGCAGAGCACCCGAGCCAACGAUCAGCGCGGACUCCUGAGCAAAGAAGACCUGGUGCUUCCCGACUUCCUGCGCCUGACCCCGCCCACCUCCAUCUCCGUCUCCUCCGACCUGGCCUGCUCCACUCCUGACCGACGGGAGAACGGCGUCUCCUCGCGGGGGGCCCUCAGCGCCAGCCUCCGCUCGGAGAGCCUGGACUCCUCGCUCAGCUCCAGUGCUAAUGGACACUCCAGGCGCUGCCUGAUGCCCCCUCCUCGCCACCCGACUUUUGGCACCCACCUGUCCCCAAUCCCCCGGCCCCUCGACACCCGGCCCAGCCUCCGCACCGUGGAGGAGGACGCCAACAGCGACCUGACCCUGGUCGGAGAGGGCGACAUCAGCAGCCCCAACAGCACCCUGCUGCCUCCGUCCCCGUCCCCCCUGCCGUCCUUCGACAGCAGCCUGCCUGAAGCCAACUUCACCCCGCCGCCGCCGCCCUACCCCCAGCCUCAGGACGCAGGUGGAGAGGGAAAGUCCACUUCAGGUAUUUCUACAGUGUAACAAAGCAGUGGUCCGUGUGUCUGCGUGUGUGUCGUAUGUGCGUGUGUGCUGGUCUGAACCGACCACCUUCGUGAUAAAACUCCCUCUACACUGACUCUGAUGCACUUUAAUGACAAAUUGAUACUGACUCUUUCUCAGUUUGCCGUUCAUUUAAACUGAUUUGUUUUUAUUAAACUUAGCAAAGCAUGUGUGUGAUUGAUCCUAAUUACACUCAGACUAUCUUGUAAAUAGUGAUGUGUAUAUUUUGUUCAGUGAGUAACGUUUACUUGGAUGUCACUUCACACGCCACAAAUCAUUAGGUUGGCCAUAUGACUGGGAUCAUUUUAUUCCGGUUAGAUAUUAAGUUUAUUUUGUCCUUUUGGGUGCAUGAGAAUCCUGAUGUAACUGACUGCAGAGCUCAUGAAUAUGAAUAAUAUAUGCAUAGAACAUAUAGAUUAAUACAAAAGCAUAAUUCAUUCACUUGAGAGAAAAAUAUUUGGCCUGUUUUUCUGAAUUAAUUAGAUAAUUAUCUAAUUAGUUCUGGAAAAUAAUUCUGCUCAUGUUUAUAUCUAAAUAAUUUAAUUCAGAAAUACAAAAACUGCUUAAAAAAACGAAAUGGGACUAAAAUUUUUUUUUUUUUCUGAAGUAAAGAGGUAAUUAUCACAGCAAUUUGAUAAUUCAUAAUAAUCUUAUUAAUUAAAAGAAUGAGUAAAACAUUAUCAACAAUUAUCUCAGUGAUUCAGAUUUCUUUUGCUUAAAAAUUCUGUAUUUUUAAUGUGAUAAUUAUGUCAUUAUUAUUAAAAACUCAGAUAAUUAUCUCAUUAAUUCAGAGAAAAACGAGAGUAAAGUGUUAUCCCCAUGAUGUAAUUUCUAAAAAAGUCAGAACGAUGGGGCAAAUAUUUUUUUAUCAUGUGGAGGCGUCAUGCUUCUGUAGGCUGAUGACAUCAUUAUCUGAAAGCACUGUAGUCAGUGAACUCUACUUAAAAUUAUCAUUCAGAAAAAAUGAAAGUGAUGAGGUUAGCAGCUGGUAUCAUUGCUCCAUUAUGUACAAUAGUAGAAAAUCAGAGCCGUGAAAUUGUUUUCCAGUGUUGAACCUGCGAAUGCUAAACAGUCAUUACAAAACAAAUGCUGUAUUCCUCUUCAUCCCACCACCUCACGUUAAGAGCAACUCAACAAUGUCCAAAGGCUUCUUUUUUUAUUCUGAAACUCUCUAAAACAGGUGAGUCAUUACAUGGUGUCAGCUGCUGUUGAAGCAAUUUCAACAAUGGUGAAACUAAUUAGUCAUUGGAGGACAAGUACUCCUUAGCACUGGUGACAUUGUUGAAUUGCCUGUCAUCCUUUAUCUGGGUCAUUCUCUCUCUCUACAUUCCUGUUGUAGAUAAUCACUGCCAAUAAACUCUGUACCUGUGAUUGAGUAGAUCUAAUAAAUGUUAGAAUUUGAAAUCA